AUGAAGGUAUUAACUCCUACCCAAACACAGUGUGUCUCCAAGGGACCUCCCGGCCCCUUCGUCAUCUAUGCUGACAUUUUCAUCGUGCUUUGUGGAAGCCGGCUGGCAGUUAUGUCAUUCAGGAAUGGCUCGGGGAGGGGACCAGUGGAGGGCUGCGGGACUGUGGCGGCUAACCCAGGAAUUGACAUUGGAGAUGUUUCUGAACGAAAAGCACUCCGAAAAACGUUAAAGUGUAAAAACUUCCAGUGGUAUCUGGACCAUGUCUACCCAGAAAUGCGAAGAUACAAUAACACCAUUGCCUACGGAGAGCUACGCAAUAAUAAAGUGAAAGAUGUCUGCCUUGACCAAGGACCACAAGAAAAUCACACAGCGAUCCUAUAUCCGUGUCAUGGAUGGGGGCCUCAGCUUGCCCGCUAUACCAAAGAAGGAUUUCUUCAUUUGGGUGCCCUUGGAACCACAGUCCUCUUGCCCGACACUCGCUGCUUGGUGGAUAACAUGAAGAGCAGAUUCCCACAGCUCCUCGACUGCGACAAAGUAAAGAGCAGCCUGCAUAAGCGAUGGAACUUUAUACAGGUCUUAUACAGGUUUUAUACUUUUUCACAAAGACAACUGCCCCCUUUCCUCAACAUUUUAUUAGGCUACGAAUUGCAAGCCUACAUGAAGGAGGGAGAAACCAAUUCCACAGACUGA